AUGGAAUAUCAUUCAGUGCCUCCCGAGGAACGUGCAAGAGGCCCCAAAGGCGGCCUUUUACCCUACGGCUAUUUAUAUAAAGAUGAAUCUCGAAAUCCACGAAGGCCUCCGGAGGAGACUGGAUCGUUUGGGAAGCGACGGAAUGCCCGAUACAGUUCUGCCCGUUCCGGAACCCGAACUGGCACGCCAGCUAGACGCGAGAACCAAAACGUUGCAGAGUUUGGCAGACUUUUCGCUAUCCAACAAGAGGAAGAACAAGCCAGAAGAAAGCUGUUGCCCACCGCUACUUCGUCCUCAAUCGAUACCACACGGAAAACACCCGAUGCGGUUGCAACAGAGUGCAUAAUUUAUGGCUACAAGGAUAGAACCGCACAAUGGAAGGUGAUAGAUCGAUUUGAAACCAUCUCGCAGGGCGUUGUUUGUGAGGAUUAUCCACGCACAGACCCAGAUAUCGCGCCCAAAUACCCGCAAUUAUUGACAUCUGGGGAUGUUGUGGUUCACAGAACCCUCUCUGCAGACGCUAACAAGAAAGCGAAGAAAUAUGCUGGAGGCGAACACUGGAUCAAAGUCACGUUUGACUCAUUUGCAGCCGCCGACCGUGCCUGUCACUUUUCUCCUCAAGACAUUGAUGGCUAUUCCGUUUAUUGCGAGCUCUACAACGGCCACGGGCCCAAUGAGGAUGUUCCAAUCCCCAAAGGGUCCCGGGACACAAUCAAGCAGAAGCUCGCUGAUCCCUACACGUUUGGCCCACCCGCAUCAAAUGAUUUCCUCCGUACUGCAGACAUUGAUUCCGCCAUAAUCCCUCGUCCAUUCCCCCCCACAUCUCUCAAAUCCGACCUGAAACAGUUCGACGAUACAAUCUCACAACAGUCUACAACGACCGCAAGCUCUGCCACUGCUACGGCGCCGGUCUCUGAUAAUGACGCUCUUCGUCAUCGAUUUCCUCAACCAUCUCAAUCUGAAUUCAUGACUCACAUUCCAACUGUCCGAAAGGCGGUGCUUCGACCAGCGUCUGAAGCAUUACCACCGCAACCGUCCAUGGGCGAACGCAUCAUUCGAUCUAUUCCUAUUCUCAGUUGGUUCAGUGGUGAUAUUGUCGGCGAUGGACCUGUCCUGAAAGAAGACGGAUCCUUUGACUACGACAAAUCGAACCUUUACUGGCGCUUUUGGUAUAUGGUCGAUACAGCGCUGGGGACUGAUUUAUGCGGGCUGAAAGAGUAA